CUCUGGCUUGAGAGGCCUGAGGGGCCCCGGCCUCCUAGCGGGACUUCUCGUGGGGAGGGACUUAAGGAGGGGUUAGUUUGCCGUCCUGAAUCCAAGCGGGCCGGCGGUUCCCGGAGGGACCGGCUCGGCCAGUGGGGGCGCGCCACUCGGCGCGGAGGGGCCGUGCAGGGUGCUCUAUUCCGCGGUUAUUCAAAGCUGUGGGUUUGAAGAUUUGCUGUGGGUCGGUGGGUUUCAAUGACGUGUUCUUUGGGAGACCGGAAAUUCACCUCCCUAAGCAACAAAUUGGUUUUCAAGACCUGAGGGAUCAUCGUAAUGAAAUUGAAAUGGAGCAGUGGAGGUUUCUUUUAUACGUGGAGGAAAGAUGUAUUACCCAAAGCGGGGUCCACCUGCUCACUGCUCAAAGCCAAUAAAGAGGUGUUGGAAAUUAGUAACUGUUCCAUCUUUUACAUUAUUUAAAUACAGUACUGCCAUUGGACCAGAAUGUUUCUGAUGCCAACCUCUUCAGAGUUAAACAGUGGGCAGGACUUCUUAACCCAGUGGAUGGCGAAUCCUUCUCGGGCUGGGGUCAUAUUAAAUCGUGGAUUUCCUAUUUUAGAAGCAGAGGAAGAGAAGCCAGCAAAUGUGAACUUUUCUACCAGCUUUCCUAUCAAAGCCACAGAAUUUUCAAAUAGUUUCAGCUUUAUAAGGGAAGAAGAUUCACUUCAUGAAGAACAGAAAUUGGAGCCUAACAGCCCGUACAAGUUACAGUCAGAUAAACCUGAACCACAGAGAGUCUUUCCUUUAACUAAAGAGGGGCCACAGCUAGUGGCACGUCAGGAUGCUCCUGGACAAUGGGAAGAUAGCAAAAAUGAGUUUAUCGCAGCUCUUUUGAGUGAAUUAAAAGAAGUGCCUUAUAAAGACCCACUUGUUAAAAAGCUUGAACAGCUGAAAGAAGAGCAACAGAAGAAGCAGGAGCAGCUGAAGAGGCGGCAGCUCGAGCAGUUGCAGAGGCUCAUGGGUGAGCAGGAGGAGCUACUCGCCUUGGUGUCUGGGCAGCAGACACUCCCAGGUUUAACUCCACUGCCUGAUGACCAGAGCCAGAAAAAGUACAGACCUCCGGGAAAUUCAACCACGGUAGAGAAAACCACGCCCUUCUUGCCAUCAUAUAUCUACCAGAAUCAAAGCCAAGAAAAAAAACACCCUUCUAACAUUUUAUCGAGUGAACAAAACGACUUCUGUAGAACUACUCAUCAGGAUUUUGUUUUAACUUCAAGAAGUGGUGCUUCUCCCAGCGUGUUUUAUGAGGCACAGUGUCAGGAAGCACUUGUGAAAAAAAAUGAUUUGAAGGAAGAAAAUGAUAACUAUUCUAAAGGAGAAGGUAUUUUACCAUGUUUGGAGAAAAUGACGGAACAGAUUCAGGAAGGGAACGAUACGAACUUAAAAAAAAUUGGUGAUUCCUCAGAAGUGGUUAAUAUUGAAGAAAGGCCUAUUAAAGCUGCUAUUAGAGAAAGGAAACAAACUUUUGAAGAUUACUUAGAGGAACAGAUUCGGUUGGAAGAACUAGAACGGCAACAAAAACAGCUAAAGGAAGCAGAAGGAUCUUUGCUUAUCAAAGCAAAACCAAAACAACCAUUCUUAAAACGAGGAGAAGGUUUAGCCAGAUUUACUAAUGCUAAAUCUAAGUUUCAGAAGGGGAAAGAAAGUAACCUAGUCACCACUCAGAGCAUUUCAGAGGACCAGCCUGUGUUUAAAUCAGAUAAACAACAAUUCCAGCGGAAAACUGCUCUUAUAAAUAAAGAAAUCUGUACAGAGAACCUUCCUGUUAAAAAGAACAGUAAAGUCAGAACCAAGUGUCAUUCUCUCACACUCAGUCAGAAGCCAAAAGUGCUUAAGAGUAAUAGUAGGAAAAGUCUCUCUGCAUCAGGAUUGAAAAUGCCAGCAGGGAAGAAAUGUGAUGGGCAAUUUAGAGAGCAGAUCAGUUUAGGAAAAAAAGUGGAAUCUAAUAAUAAAGAAAAUGUACCUGAGUGUACAAAACCUUGUGAUGUUGGUUGCACAAUCUGGAAUAAGGCAUGCAGUAAGGACAGACUUCCCAUUUCCACAGGACUCAUCAGCUGUAUGGCUUCUCAGAACCCAGCAAGUGAAAGUUUGAAAGGGUCAGAAUCUUCUCUUGAUGAUUCUCUUCAGAAAAAGUUAGAGAAUUGGGAACGAGAAAAGGAAAAGGAAAAUUUGGAAUUAGAUGAAUUUUUGUUUUUAGAACAAGCUGCUGAUGAAAUAUCAUUCUCUAGUAACUCCUCAUUUGUACUGAAGAUCUUAGAGAGGGACCAGCAGAACUGCAGAGGUCGCCGGCUGUCUUCUACCCCUGUCAAAGGUGUGCGGGAAGAGAAGACAGCAACACUGGGUUCUGUUAGUCAGCAUAACCAAAACGAGGAUCCGGGCCGUGCCCAGUGUGGAAGCAAGGCUGAGUGCGAGGUUGCUCCCAGACAACGUGAUUCAGUGUUCUCACCCGGAGCAUUGUGGGCGCCGUCCUGUGAAGUCAGGAGGAGAGUGUACCAAACGAACCCUCCUGAGAGGCAGGCCAGGUGGAGUGCAGGCGAUGGUGAAGGUGUUACAGACAGUGAUCACAGCACCGAUUUGGAGGAACAGCUUGACGUCACUAUAAAGCCAUCAUCUGCGGGUAAGGAAAGGAGUUCCAGCAGCAGAGAAGAUAGUCCGCAAGUCUGUGAUGAUAAGGGACCUUUUCGGGACACCACGACUCAAGAGGAAGAGAAAAGGAGAGAUGUUGAUUUAGAUUUGUCUGAUAAGGAUUAUAGCAGUGAUGAUUCUCUCAUAAUAGAAAGCUUGAAAAAUAAACUUUCUGAUUCCUCCAGAAGACACUCAACUAUAAAUGUGAAUAAAAUUGACUUUGAUGAUGAAAGAACUUGGACUGACCUUGAAGAUAAUUCAUUUAAACAUGAUGGUGUUCUUGGGAAUGAAGCCAUUUAUGGGACUCCCCAGACAACCUGCCAUAACAAGAGUGAAAUGUGUGUACUGGACAAAACGAUAAAAAGGAAGGUCGUGCCAGUCAAGAAGGGAGAAGACUUGGGCAAAUCCACUAGGGGCCCAAGCCCUCCUCCUACCUCAGGUCUGAUGAUGGAAUUCUUUCCUUCUCUGAAAUCGAAGUCAAAGUCACACUCAAGCUCGGGAAAUGAUCCCAAGUUAAACACAAGUCAAGACCACCCACCUGGUGGCAAUGCUCGAUCUCAAGUUUUGAGAGAGAAAAUUAUUGAAUUGGAAACAGAAAUAGAAAAAUUUAAAGCUGAGAACGCAUCUUUAGCUAAACUUCGCACUGAACGAGAAAGUGCCUUGGAAAAACUCAGGAAAGAAAUUGCUGACUUUGAACAACAGAAAGCAAAAGAAUUGGCUCGAAUAGAGGAGUUUAAAAAGGAAGAAAUGAGGAAGUUACAGAAGGAACGCAAAGUUUUUGAAAAGUAUUCUACAGUUGCAAGAACUUUCCCAGAUAAAAAGGAACGUGAAGAAAUACAAGCUUUGAAGCGGCAGGUAUCUGAUUUACAGGAAGAUCUGAAAAGAAAGGAAGCAAAGUGGUCCAGUACACAUGGCCGUCUUAGAAGCCAGAUAGAAAUGUUGGUCAGAGAGAACACAGACCUCCGGGAGGAAAUAAAAGUGAUGGAAAGGUUCCGACUGGAUGCCUGGAAGAAAGCAGAAGCCACAGAGAGCAGCGCCAAGAUGGGUCAGUGUGUGACCGCCUCAAAGAAAGAUGGGUUCUUGAAUUCAUCAGUUCGAUUUCAAAAGAGUCAGAUUUCUUCAGGAACCCAGGUAGAAAAGUACAAAAAAAAUUAUUUGCCAACACAAGGUAAUCCAUCUCAAAGAUCCAAGUCUGAGCCUCAUGAUUUAGGCAGCUCGGAGAAGGGACAGACGGCCUCACCCAGGGAGCUGCCUGAACCAGUGAACUUUCCAGAUCCUGACUAUAAAGAGGAGGAUGAAAAAGAGGAAAUUGAGGGAGAAAUCAGCCAUCCUGAUGGAAAGGUAGAGAAGGUUUAUAAGAACGGGUGCCACGUUGUGUUGUUUCCAAAUGGAACGCGAAAGGAAGUGAGUGCAGAUGGGGAGACCGUCACUGUCACUUUCUUCAACGGUGACAUCAAGCAGGUCAUGCCAGACAGGAGAGUGAUCUACUACUAUGCAGCCACGCAGACUGCCCACACCACAUUCCCAGAAGGGCUGGAAGUUCUACAUUUCUCUAAUGGCCAGAUAGAAAAACAUUUCCCAGAUGGAAGAAAAGAAAUCACAUUUCCUGACCAGACUAUCAAAAACUUGUUUGCUGAUGGACAAGAAGAGAGCAUUUUCCCAGAUGGUACAGUUGUCAGAGUACAACGAGAUGGCAACAAAAUCAUAGAGUUUAAUAAUGGCCAAAGAGAACUGCAUACGGCCCAGUUCAAGAGACGGGAGUAUCCAGACGGCACUGUGAAAACUGUGUACACAAACGGGCAUCAGGAGACAAAGUACACAUCUGGUCGAGUAAGAAUGAAAGACAAGGAUGGUAAUGUUCUCAUGGACACAAAAAUGUCAUGAAACUUGUGUGACUCAUCAUGAAAUGACACUAACUUGAUUUUCUUGUUAAAAAGAAAUGUACAUUUCUUGUGGAUUCUGUGGUUUAAUUUAUAUACUCUGUGUGUGUGCGUCUGUGUGUGUAUAUAAAUAAAUAGAAAGACUUUGGAGUAUAAAA